AAAUACCUCAUUAUCGUGUUAAAUAUUUCGUUACCUUAAAUUGUAAAUACCUCAUUAUCUCAAAUACCUCAUUAUUUCAAAUACCUUAUUAUCUUAGAUCCUCAUUAUUUUAAAUACUCCGUUACCUUAAAUACCCCAUUAUAAAUACCUUAUUACCUCAAAAUAUUUCGUUGUGUUAAAAUACAUUAUUACUUCAAAUUCUUUCAUUACCUCAAAUAAUUUUUUUUUAAUAAUGAAGAUAAAAGAUUUUUAUGAAAUAUCUAAACCGUUAAUAUUAGAUGGUGGAUUGGCAACUGAAUUAGAGAUAACAUGUGGAAAAAAAUUCACAACAAAUUUAUGGUCAGCUUCUUGUUUAUAUCAAGAUCCUGAUGCGAUAAGAGAAGUUCAUUUAUCAUAUUUUAGGGCUGGUGCUGAUAUUGCGACUACAUGCAGUUAUCAGAUUCCUAUCGAUACUUUUAUAAAGGAAGGAUUUACAAAACAAGAAGCGAUAGAAUUAAUACAAAAAUCAGUACAUCUUGCUGUAGAAGCAAGAGAUAUAUUUUGGAAAGAAUAUAAAGAAUAUAAGGAAUAUAAAGAAGAUCAAACACAAAAAAGAAUGAAACCUAUGAUAGCAUUAUCAUUUGGACCAUUUGGAGGAUCAUUAGGAGAUUAUAGUGAAUAUACAGGAAAUUAUGGAAAUGAUAUUAAUUUAGAAAAAUUAAAAGAAUUUCAUAAAAAUAAUUUAAAUAUAUUUAAACCUUUAUUAUCAUUAAUUGAUUUUAUAGCAUUUGAAACUAUACCAUCAUAUUUAGAAAUUGAAUCAAUUUGUUCAUUAUUAAAAGAAGAAGAUGAUCUUGAUAUACCUUGUUGGGUAUCAUUUACAUGUAAAAAUGAGGAUCAAAUAAGUGAUGGUAAAUUAUUAAUUGAUUGUAUAAAAUUAUGUAGUAAAAUUGAUUGUAUUGUAAGUAUAGGAAUUAAUUGUGUUAUUCCAAAAUUUAUUGAAAAAUCGGUUAAGAAUAUUCGUGAUGAAUUAGAUAAAAAUGGGUAUGAAAAAAAAUAUGUUAUAUGUUAUCCUAAUGCUGGAGAUUAUAGAUGUGAUGAUAAAAUUAAUCCUGAUGAAUUUGAAGAUUAUACUAAAAUUUGGGCAGAAUUAGCAAAAUUUAAAAUCAUUAUAGGAGGAUGUUGUAAGACAACACCUGAUCAUAUACGAAAUAUUCGAAAUGCACUUAAAAGUUUCCCGGGAUUAGGAAUUGAAUAGGGGGACUACUUACGUUGAUUCUGGCUGUUCGAAUUAGUGAGAGAGGCGGUAUUACCUGGAGAGAGGUAAUUUGAGAUGAGAGAGAGGUUAGUGAGAUGUAUUUACCCGGAGAGACGCUAUUAGACUAUUAUUUGGUUUAAUCAUUUGAGAGGAAUCACAUGAUAUAUAUCAAACUUCACAAUAAACUAGUAUUGGAUAAAUAUUCGAUUUAGGAUAUCUAUGGAUAUUAUCGAAAGAGAAAAAAAUUGUAACACUUUAUAUAAAUGAUGUUGAGGCAAUAUACAUGUACAAUAUACGAUCAAAUAA